AUGGAAGGAGUCGUCGGCAGCUCCAACGCCAGUGCGAUCGGGGACCGGUCUGUGCCGAGCGGCAGCGCCUGGGUGGCCGCCUUCCUCUGCUUCAUCAUCCUCCUGACCAUGCUAGGCAACUUCUCGCUCAUCCUCCUGAUCUUCACCCAGCGGUCCCUGAGGAACACCUCCAACUACUUCCUGGUCUCCCUCUUCAUGUCCGACCUGAUGGUGGGCUCGGUGGUCAUGCCCCCGGCCAUGCUGAACCAGCUCUACGGCCGCUGGCUGCUGGACGCUGUCUUCUGCUCCGUCUGGUUCUCCUUCGACGUGAUGUGCACCAGCGCCUCCAUCCUCAACCUCUGCGUCAUCAGCCUGGACCGCUACCUGCUGAUCAUCUCCCCGCUCAAGUACAAGCUCCGCAUGACCUCCUGCCGGGCCGUCUUGCUCAUCCUGGCCACCUGGACCUUGGCCGCCCUGGUGUCCUUCCUGCCCAUCAAGAUGGGCUGGCACGAGAUGGAGUUCGAUGCCCGGCCGCCCAACGCCACCGCCCGCCCGGAAGAGGAGCAGUGCCGCCUCCUGGUCAGCCUCCCCUAUGCCCUCAUCGCCUCCGGCCUGACCUUCUUCCUGCCUUCCAUCGCCAUCCUCUUCACCUACUGCCGCAUCCUCCUGGCCGCCAGGAAGCAGGCCCUGCAGGUGGCCUCCCUGACCAACAACGUGGCCAUCGAACCGGACGAGCCCACCCAGCAGGUCCACCGAGCUCACAGCCAGCCGACCGCCACAAACGACAACCGGAAAUUUGCCAACAAGCACAGCAAAAGGGCCUUGAAGGCCAGCCUCACCCUGGGCAUCCUGCUGGGCAUGUUUUUCGUGGCGUGGCUCCCCUUCUUUGUUUGCAACGUGGCACAGGCAGUCUGCAAUUGCAUCUCUGCGGACUUUUUCGACAUCCUCACCUGGCUGGGCUACUGCAACAGCACCAUGAACCCCAUCAUCUACCCGCUCUUCAUGAGGGACUUCAAGCGAGCCAUGGCCAAGUACCUGCCCUGCUGCCGGCGCUCCUGGGAACGCCGGCCCAGCCCCGUCUCCCUCUCCAUGAGGAACUCCAACAGCGGCCCUCGCCCGGGCAUCUCUCUCAAGAACGUCCUGACCUUGCAGGGGGACACGGACUCCGCCGACUCCAUCACCCAGGUCCACGAACACAACGGCCAGCGCCUGGGCUCCCUGCCGGCCAUGGGCACCGACUCGGUGAACCUUUUCGACUUGGAGCACAGGGAUCCCGACCUCCACGUCAACCAGCUGAACACGCCCAUGGACUGA